AUGUUCUACCAAGGAGACCUGCAGAGCGGGAUCAACGAGGCGGUUCGCGAGGUCAAGCAGGUUGUUUGCUUCAUCACAGACAACGGAGAGCUCAGUGGCGUGUGGGAGCACAACUAUCUCAGAGACGAGAGGAUCGCUCGGUUGAUAACGUCGAAUGCGGUGGCGUUGCGGCUGAUCGAGGGCUCGCAGGAGGCAGAGUUCCUCUCGACCUUCUGUCCCGUGAAUGAGUCGCCUACCCUUAUCGUUAUAAAGAAUGGCAUCGUUCGAGAGUACAUUGCGGCAAGGACGGAAGAGCAUAUGUUCAAGCGUCGGUUGAUAGCCGCUCUAGAAGACAACAAACCGCCGAGGAGGAUGCGGGAGGCCAUGGCACAGGCACAGGCUCAAGCUCAAGCUCAGGCGCAGGCACAAGCACAGGGGCAAGCUCAAAGGACAUCGAACCAGACAGGGAGCGGCACAGUGUCUCCAACAACGGUUCCUGCAGCCCCUGCAGCUUCUGGAACUCCCGUUACUACCCCUCCUCCUGCUCCUCCUGCUCCGUCUCCCCCUCUGGCCACGCCAGCAGCAUCUAGCAGUGUUAUAGAUCCGCCCAGUGACAGUCAGAGCAACGACCAACAGAGAAGGGCGAGUAUCCGAGACGGCAAACGGCCCGCUGAGCCCGAUAACGAAAAGAAAGAACAAGCGGACUGGAAGGGCAAACAGAAGAGAAGACACCAGCAGGAACGAGAAGAACGGGAACGGGUUCUUGAACGAAUUAGGCGGGACAAUGAGGAACGAAAGGCAAAAGCAGAAAGGCAGAAGGCUGAAGCAGCAGAGAAACAUGAAUCUUUACACGCACCACCCCCUGUCGCACAAAAGUACCGUCUCCAGGUCCGUCUGUUCGAUGGAAGCUCGAUAAGAAACACCUUCUCUCCCAACCAGACUAUAGGUGCCGAUGUCCGGUCAUGGCUGGACAAGGAACGCUCAGAUGGAGAUGCACCAUAUACCCUCAAGCAUAUAUUAACUCCACUUGAGAAUAAGUCAAUCUCACUCUCAGAGGAAGACCAGUCUCUCCAGGAGCUAGGCGUUGGUCCAACGGCAACACUAGUCAUGGUGCCGAUAAAGACGUAUACAGAGGCAUAUUCAGAUACUGGUGGCUCGUUGCCAUACCGAGUUAUUUCUGGAGGGUACAACCUUGUUGCCGGUACCGUUAACGCUGUAGCUGGCGUGGUAGGGUCAGCUCUGGGAAUUGGACAGAAUCCAGCUGCUGUUGGGCGUAAUGCGCAAACGCCAGCUGCAGCUACAGAAGAGACAUCUGCUGCUGCUGCUAGUAGACAAUCUCCCAAGCCGUCGUCUACACGCAACCGGGUCCGAACUCUACACGAUGCCAACUCGGGGAAAAAUGAUCACCAAUUUUAUAACGGCAAUCAGUUGAACUUUGAGCCUCGGAAAAAGGAUGAUGAUAAUUAA